CCUCCCGCUGAAUGCAUCAUAAUUCAAAGAAAAUAGGAACCGGGGCUCAAGCUAUCUUUAGUCUCUCUUUAGUAUUCUCUCUCUGUCACUGUCUCCGAAUGCGCAAACUUGGCAAUAUUGUCCUAGCCCCCAAGAUUUGGUUCGAGAUGGCCCUCUGCACAUGUUCAGAGGCAUUCCUGACUUGCCAUGCUGCCUCUACUCCUCUCCUCCAAGCCCAAACUCGGCAAUAUUUCUCCUAGUCCCCCAGGUCUGGUGCGAUGUUGCCGAGGCACUCCUGAGUCCCGACUUGCCGUGCUGUGAGGAUGAGCCCUCCCCACUUCGUUUUGUUUUUAUAGGUUCGGGGGAUUGGCCUUUGGUUCGGAUUAACUUGGUGGGGUUCUGUCGCCUUUUUGAGGAGGGCGAACCUCUUCCUUGCCCUCUGAGCAGUUCGUAGGCGGGGGAGACCCGACGUGAAAAGAAACUGAGACGAAACCCAGGAAAACGAUCUCGUCCCCGCUACAGGGGAAAGCUGGAAUGGGGGGCGGGGGCGGGAUUUGAGUUGAUAUCUCCUGAAGCCGGAAAGAGGGGCUCGAAGCCUUCAAGGGUGCGGGGGAAUCUGACCUUAAGCGUCGGUUUGGGACGUUUGUGUGUGGGGUGUGUGUGUGUAAGUGGCCCCGUCUUCUUUGCCCAUCGAGCCAGCCGUCGAAGCACAGAUGCCUUCGGGGUGUCCGCCUGCUCGGGGCAAGCCUUUGGAGCAGUUAGGCGGGGUUCCCCUCGCCCCAUCACUGGGGCUGGGUCACUCACCGGUGGUUUAGUUCUGCUGUUCUUAACAGACGUGGGGGCCAGAGAGUCUUGCCUUAGAGCACCCUCCACAUUCCCCCAUACACCCGCAAAACAGAUUCCAGAUCCUCGGGACCUGCCAUGAUUUCUCCCAGGCUUCCCCCAUCCCUCUUCCCGGGCGAUCUCUGAUCUAAGCCUGUCCUAGACUCCAAGUUGAAGCCAAGUUGAAAGGGACCGCGAGGAUCAUCCAGUCCAACCGCCUGCAAUAUUUUGUCCGAUGUGGGGCUCGAACUCACGACCCUGAGAUGGAGUCUCAUGCUCUACUGACUGAGCAUAGAGUUGGACUUCUGAAGUCACCUAAGACUAAGAGCCUCCUCUCCAGUGCGGGAUCUGCAGCAAUACAGCAGGGAAGGAGAAUCUCCCACUCCCUUCUCCCUUCUGCCCUGUGUCAGUCUGUUCCACACAGUCAAACAGACCUUGCGAAGUUUCCCUUAGAAGCGUCGCCGGAAUCUGCUUCUCUGGAAAACCCCACCCCUUGAAAUCUUCGCCCUGCCUUCUUCUGGAGCGACGGAGAGCCUCUUAAAACUCGUCCGUCCGCUUCUCUCCCUGCCAAGAGGCAUCCAGCAAGCCGGCUUUGCCAGCGGAGCCAGCCUUGGAACAGACCCAUCCGCCAAGCGGGGAUUGCGCCUGCUCCUGCACAGAGUGUAAGGAAGAUGUAAAGCGGACCUCCGAGGCAAGUCCCCAGGAGUGUGUUCAGCAAGCCCCAUAUUUUCAGCCGGGCCAAUGCCUGUCUCUGUUCACACCUUCCACAGAGGUCUGUUCGCUUUGUCGUAUUCCAAGGCUGGGGGACCCGGUGCUCCAUCAGAACUGACAUCCAGCAACUGAUGUCUUGCAGAGGCAUUCUGGUCAUUCGAGGUCUGGAGAAUUGGGAACCUUCAGGUGAAUAGAGGAACCGCCUUCCCUUCCCCUCUCCCUCCAGAGGCUGCAAGCCAGCCAGCCAAGACAGGGCCUGCGUGCACCGCCAGCUCUCGGUCUCCUCAUUCAGAGAAGACCCGAGGACUACAAUGGAAGAGAGUGUGUUCAGUGUACAGCAGAUCCAGCCCAAUGUCAUUUCCGUGAAACUCUUCAAGCGCAAGGUUGGGGGUCUCGGGUUCCUGGUGAAGGAGCGUGUCAGCAAGCCGCCGGUGAUCAUCUCGGACCUGAUCCGAGGAGGGGCGGCUGAGCAAAGUGGCCUCAUCCAGACAGGGGACAUCAUCCUCGCCGUGAAUGGGCGCCCCCUGGUGGACAUGAACUAUGACACCGCUCUGGAGGUCCUGAGGAGCAUCGCCUCCGAAACCCACGUCGUCCUCAUCUUGAGGGGCCCGGAGGGCUUCACCACGCACCUGGAGACGACCUUCACUGGGGACGGGACGCCCAAGACCGUCCGAGUCACCAGGCCCCUGUGCGCCACCUCCCCGUCUCUGGUUGACCUCCCGGCCGGCCUCGGGAUCCACACCAAAGAUCAGCGGCAAGGAGGUGACCAUACAAUGGGGGGUUCUGUCAGCUCUCGGUGCACCCGGGAGAACGGGCAGGGGGACGAGACCCUGGUGCACGUCAACGGGGUGAUCGCUGGGUCCGUCCCCAGGGACUCUCUGAAAGGGAGCGGGGACGUUUCCGACUGUUGCCUCAACGGCAGCGUCGAGAGCAGCGAACUGUUGAAAGAGAUCGAGCCGGUCUUGGACCUCCUGAAGGGCAACAGCAAGGAGCUCAACGGAGAUGCGCAACCCAGGAUGGUCACAAGAGACGCGGAGGUCCAGGUGGAUGGUUUCCGGGAAGCAGACCGGAAGUCGCCAAAGGCUUUGCCAUCAGGAAUGGAGAACGACCGAGUCUUCAACGACUUGUGGGAGAAGACUGACACAGCCUCCAUCGCGAGCAAGCCCUCUUCGGACAAGGACCCGAUCUCGCCCUCGGGCCGGCAGUCACCAACAAAGAAUGUGAUGAAUGGAAGCCCUUCCAAGUGCCCACGCUUUGCUAAAGUGCGGAACUGGGAGACCGGAUCGGUGCUCAACGACACUUUGCAUCUGAAGAGUACCAUGGUGACCCCCUGCAGUGAGCAGGUCUGCAUGGGUUCCAUUAUGAUGCCUUCCCAGCACGUCCGAAGACCUGAAGAAGUCCGGACCAAGGAAGAGCUCCUCCCACUGGCGAAAGAGUUCAUUGAUCAGUAUUAUUCCUCCAUCAAGAGGUUUGGCUCCAAGGCCCACCUGGAGAGGCUGGAGGAAGUCACCAAGGAGAUAGAAGCUACAGACACGUACCAACUGCGAGACACGGAACUGAUCUACGGGGCCAAGCACGCCUGGCGCAAUGCCUCCCGCUGUGUGGGCCGGAUCCAGUGGUCCAAGCUGCAGGUCUUUGACGCCCGGGACUGCACCACAGCUCAUGGCAUGUUCAACUACAUUUGCAACCACAUCAAGUAUGCUACUAACAAAGGGAACCUCAGGUCGGCCAUCACCAUAUUCCCCCAGAGGACAGAUGGGAGACACGACUUCCGAGUCUGGAACUCCCAACUCAUCCGCUACGCUGGCUACAAACAGCUGGACGGCACCUUCCUGGGAGACCCAGCCAACGUGGAGCUGACUGAGAUCUGCAUACAGCAAGGGUGGAAGCCGCCCAAGGGCCGUUUUGAUGUCCUUCCGCUCCUGCUCCAGGCCAAUGGCAACGACCCCGAGCUCUUUGAGAUCCCACCUGAGCUGGUCCUGGAAGUACCCAUCAGGCACCCCAAGUUUGCCUGGUUCAAAGACCUGGGGCUGCAGUGGUAUGGGUUGCCCGCAGUUUCCAACAUGCUGCUUGAAAUCGGGGGUUUGGAGUUCUCGGCCUGCCCCUUCAGCGGCUGGUACAUGGGCACCGAGAUCGGAGUCCGCGAUUACUGCGACAACUCCCGCUACAACAUCCUGGAGGAAGUUGCCAAAAAGAUGAACCUGGACAUGCGGAAGACCUCAUCGCUCUGGAAGGACCAAGCACUGGUGGAGAUAAACAUUGCUGUUUUGUACAGCUUCCAGAGCGACAAGGUGACCAUUGUGGACCACCACUCGGCCACGGAGUCCUUCAUCAAGCACAUGGAAAAUGAAUACCGCUGUCGGGGAGGUUGCCCAGCUGACUGGGUAUGGAUUGUCCCGCCCAUGUCCGGGAGCAUCACCCCUGUCUUCCACCAAGAGAUGCUCAACUACAGGCUGACGCCCUCCUUUGAGUACCAGCCCGAUCCAUGGAACACCCAUAUUUGGAAAGGCAUCAACGGCACUCCCACCAAGAAAAGAGCCAUUGGGUUUAAAAAGUUAGCCAAGGCUGUGAAGUUCUCUGCCAAACUGAUGGGGCAGGCGAUGGCAAAGCGAGUCAAGGCCACUAUCCUGUAUGCCACAGAAACUGGAAAAUCCCAGGUCUAUGCAAAAACCCUGUGUGAGAUCUUCAAGCAUGCCUUUGAUGCCAAGGUGAUGUCGAUGGACGAGUACGACACUGUCCACUUGGAACAUGAAACUCUCGUGCUGGUGGUCACAAGCACCUUUGGCAACGGAGACCCACCUGAGAAUGGGGAGAAAUUUGGCUGUGCUCUGAUGGAAAUGAGGAAUCCCAACUCCAACCUAGAAGAGAGAAGGAGCUACAAAGUGCGCUUUAACAGCGUCUCCUCGUAUUCGGAUGCUCGGAAAUCUUCGGCUGACGGGCCCGAAGCCAGGAACAACUUUGAGAGCACCGGUCCACUGGCCAAUGUCAGAUUCUCCGUCUUUGGACUGGGGUCGCGGGCCUAUCCCCACUUCUGCGCCUUUGCUCGCGCCGUGGACACGCUCUUGGAGGAGCUGGGUGGAGAACGCAUCCUGAGGAUGGGCGAGGGAGAUGAGCUGUGCGGGCAAGAGGAAUCCUUCAGGACGUGGGCCAAAAAGGUCUUCAAGGCAGCGUGUGAUGUGUUCUGCGUCGGCGAUGACGUCAACAUCGAGAAAGCGAACAACUCCCUCAUCAGCAACGACCGGAGCUGGAAGAGGAGCAAGUUCCGCCUGACCUAUGUUGCCGAAGCACCCGAACUGACACAAGGCUUGUACAGCAUCCACAAAAAGCGAGUCUUCGCAGCCCGGCUCCUGGCACGUCAGAAUCUACAAAGCCCCAAAUCCAGCCGCUCCACAAUCUUCCUACGGCUUCACACCAAUGGACACCAGGAGCUGCAUUAUGAACCCGGAGACCACCUGGGCGUCUUUCCAGGUAACCACGAAGACCUGGUCAACGCCUUGAUCGAACGGCUUGAAGAUGCGCCCCCUACCAACCAGCUGGUGAAGGUGGAGCUCUUGGAAGAGAGAAACACAGCUUUAGGUGUCAUCAGCAACUGGACGGACGAGAACCGCGUCCCUCCCUGCACCAUCUUCCAGGCCUUCAAAUAUUACCUGGAUAUCACCACCCCUCCCACGCCAAUCCUGUUGCAGCAAUUUGCGUUGCUGGCGACCAGUGAGAAAGAGAAGAAGCGCCUUCAGGUUCUCAGCAAGGGUCUCCAGGAAUACGAGGAGUGGAAAUGGUCCAAGAACCCCACCAUGGUCGAAGUCCUGGAAGAGUUCCCGUCUGUGCAGAUGCCGUCCACCUUCCUGGUGACCCAGCUCCCGCUGCUCCAGCCUCGCUACUAUUCCAUAAGCUCCUCCCCUGACAUGUACCCUGACGAGGUCCACCUCACGGUAGCCGUGGUCUCCUAUCGCACCAGAGAUGGCGAAGGGCCAAUCCACCACGGGGUCUGUUCCUCCUGGUUCAACCGGAUACAGGCGGACGAAGUAGUGCCAUGUUUUGUCAGAGGAGCUCCUGGGUUCCACAUGCCACAAGACCCACAGGUUCCUUGCAUCCUGGUUGGCCCUGGGACAGGGAUUGCUCCUUUCCGGAGCUUCUGGCAACAGCGGCUCUUUGACGUCAAACACAAAGGGCUGAAGCCAUGCCCCAUGAUGCUGGUCUUUGGUUGCCGGCAGUCCAAGAUUGACCACAUUUACAAAGAGGAGACCUUGCUGGCGAAAAGCAGUGGUGUCUUCAAGGAGCUGUUUACGGCCUACUCUCGUGAGCCAGACAAACCAAAGAAAUACGUGCAGGACAUCCUUCAGGAGCAGCUGGCGGGAACCGUCUACAAGGCGUUGAAGGAGCAGGGGGGACACCUCUAUGUGUGCGGUGAUGUCACGAUGGCUGGGGACGUCCUCAAGACCGUCCAGAGCAUCGGGAGGCUUCAGGGCAAGCUGACGGCAGAGGAAGCCAGUGCUUUCAUUAGCAAGCUACGGGAUGACAACCGCUACCACGAGGAUAUAUUUGGAGUCACCUUGCGCACGUACGAAGUAACGAACCGCCUCCGGUCCGAGUCGAUUGCACACAUUGAGGAGAGUAAGAAAGACACGGACGAGGACUUCCGCCAGGCCCACAACAACAAACGCUCGUCUGUGUCUCGUCCUAUUGUUGUGUCCUGAAGGAUGUGUUGUUGACGCUUGGAUAAGCGACGGAGGAAGAGACGGAGGGACAAUGCUGGCGAUAUUUCUCUCCCCUCCACACCGCCACCCUCUUCUCGCGUCCUGUGGCAGUUUUAUUUCCCUUCCGUGUGACCUUCUCUGGAAUCUCCCACUGUGGCGCGAUGGCUUUGAACGCAACCUGCAAGCAGCUCCGGCAAAGACACACAACUUCUCCGCUCGUUCAUGACGAGGCCGUCUUCAUGGCUGCAUGAAACCACCACCCUAGUGGUCGUCAUCUGCAUUUUGUGUGUGUGCGUGUGUGUGUGUGCGUGCGUGUUCUGGGGUGGGUUUGGAGGGUCACGGUCAGUUGCUGUUGAGUUACGCGGCAGAGGAACGCAGAAUCGCCGCUCUUGUCUGUUUGCCAAAAUCUCUGCCUAGCAUGAUUUGCUUCAAGCAGUGGGUCACCCUCUCCCCUGUCCCCUCCUGCCGCUGCCCCUUUCAUUCCUGCAAUCUGGCAGUGGGGAGGAGGGGAAGUAUGGCGGGCAGCUCCUCCUGUGGCUUUGUUCUUGUGCAGCCCCUCGGUCCUUGCAUACAAGGUGGAACUGGCCUCCGUUGCACAGAUAACGGUCGCACCUUCGUACGGCAUACUUGCGCAGCCUCUUAACGUGAUGCACUGCCCCAGCCUCCCUGCUCCCUUCCCUGCACCUUCCGCAACGUGUUUGAGCACCGAUCCAAUGGUCACAAAGUCAGCGACACAGCUGGAAAUGGCAAGCUAGGUGGGCUGUAACCAACAGACUGCCAGGAAGCAACUGUGGGUCAUCAGGCAUUGUGGCUAAAACACUGCUAAGGAUAUGAAUACACUAUUAGGAAUCCAAGAAGGUUUCCCUUGUUCAUGCGAUGUGCUUUUUCAUUUACUCCUCAGACAGAGGGAGAGAGAAAGGAAAAGAAUGAGGAUGCUACCAAAGGAUCACUUUUGUAGAACCAUAGAACUGAGAUGGGGAAUCUGUGGUCCUCCAGGUGUUGAUGAGCUAUGACUCCCAUCAUAUUCUGCCAAUUUCCCAUUCAGGCUGGGGCUGAUGGCAAUUUUUGAAUGCCUUUCUCACGCAUACACUAGCGUACAGUGUGCAUACAAACGCAUAUAUUAGCAAAAGUAACAUACGCAAAAUGCAUUGCAUUAGGGGGAAUUACUUUGCUUAAAAAUGUGUGUGUUGGGAGAAAAUGCAGACUUGUUAGGAGAAAUUUGCACUAAAAUUCUGGUGAAUUUUCAUGAGAACAACAACAACAAAAUCACAAGCUGAGAUGGUAACGUGGGGGGAUCUAAUUUAACAUAGAAAAACAUGAGAAACAGAGAAAAACAAAAAAUGACAUAUUUGCCCAACACCAUGUCCAAGACCAUGGGUAGGCAAACUAAGGCCCGGGGGCUGGAUCCAGCCCAAUCGCCUUCUAAAUCAGGCUUGCAGAAUCAGCCUGUUUUUACAUGAGUAGAAUGUGUCCUUUUAUUUAAAAUACAUCUCUGGGUUAUUUGUGGGGCCUGCCUGGUGUUUUUACAUGAGUAGAAAGUGUCCUUUUAUUUAAAAUGCAUCUCUGUGUUAUUUGUGGGGUAUAGGAAUUCGUUCAUUUUUUCCUUCAAAAUAUAGUCGGGCCCCCCCACAAGAUCUGAGGGGCAGUGGACUGGCCCUCUGCUGAAAAAGUGUGCUGACCCCUAUCCAAGACCAUCAGGUGGGCCACAGGUUGCCCAUCUUUGCAACAGACGAAGGCCAAAGAGGACCCAGGAAGGAACAGGCAGACUACAUUCACGAACUCUUUCUGAUGGCUUCUAGAGUUCUCCAGUUACAGAAAAUGAUUGACUAUUCUGAUAGAUCUCUUGCUCCAUCCACACUGCUUUUCUAGUCUCAGAAUAAACCCAGGACAUCCCCUUCCUCCCUAGGGAGAUAGAUGGAUCUCCCAGCAGUAAAAAGCUGAAUUACUUCCAGCAGGAAACAGCUGGAUCCUAAACUACUGCCUUCUCAUUGAAGGGUUUUGCUGUCAGUGCCAAAAACUCUGUGCUCUUUCGCUUGGCGUUUCCUUUUGCUUUGUGCAAAAAGGACAACCUGGGGAGCUGCCAAGGCAGGGGCCUGGCGCCUGUCACAAGUUCUCAGCAUUUGUAAGAUGCUAGAGGCUGCCUUAUUCUGAUUCGGAGCAACGGUCCAUCUAGCUCAGCAUGGUCUACACUGGCCGGCAGAGGCUCUCCAGAGUUUCAAGCAGGGUUUUCUGCUAGCCCUCCCUGGAGAGGCCAUUGGGGGAUUGAACCUUGGACCUCUGCCACUGAGCUACAGCCCUUCCCCAAAGGUCGACUGUGAAUUCCUUUUGCCCACCUUAAGACUCCUUGAAGCUUAUAGACAUUUGACCAUGAGAUUGGCAGAGCAAGGCAGCAGUUUCCUUGGGGCCCCAAGCAUGUGCUUUUUGAACGGGACACAUUGCUCUCGUUGGUAACAACAUCAGAGCCAUGACGAAACCCUGGUUGGGUUUAGGCCCCCUGGUUUGAUUCAUGCUGCCGUCUUAUGCACCAGAGAUGUGGAAAUAUUUUCUAGCCCGAGGGCCGCAUUCCUUGUUUGGCAACUUUCUGGGGGCCCCACAUGGUGGGCGGAGCCAGGGGCGAAGGUGGGUGGAGCAACAUAUGCAGAUUUUCCCUUUGCAUAGUAAGCUACUUUCUGCUCAUGCUCACACACCCUUCUGUGACCUCCAUGCAGAGAAGCAGGAGGCAGCAACAGAGACUUCAAGGCAGGGGGAAAGACUCAUGGAGUGAGGAGCAAUUCCUGGGGAGAGUCUCAAAUGCCAGAGAGAGACUUGGAGGGCUGUGUGUGGACCCUAGGCCAGAGGUUCCCCACCCCUGCUAUGCACACCUAGAAGUAAGAUGGCCCAUGGGAACUUCCUUCUGAGUAGACAAGGAUUACAUUGAUUUGUAAGCAUAGUGGCAAAACUGGUACAACCAGGUGGCUGAUGGCUGGAAUCCUUAGCACAGGGGUGGGAAACGGGGGGGGGCCUUGCGGAUGUCUCUGGACUCCAACUCCCAUCAGUCCCAGCUACCAUGGCCAAAGGUCAAGGAUGGUGGGAGUUGGAGUCCAGCGACACCCAGAGGGGUCGCAGGUACCCCCAACCCUCCUCUAGUCUAACUCGGCAUGGCGAGAAUCUCCCACAUUCUGGCUCAGUCCAAAAUCCCAUGCAUCCCACAGACACAAAGUCUUGGUUAUGCCAUGCCUUUGCGAUCAAAUAACAAACGCAGCCUCUUGCCUCGCAAAAGAAUAGAACGGAACCACCGCACUGUGAUAGCGUCGCAUUGUUUUCCCACAUCAGGUGACCCACACACACACUCAGCUGCCAAAAGGAUCCCCCCCACCCCACUUUUAAGAUGGGUGAGUGCAACUGGAAGUCCGGAGUGCCAGCCAGCUUAUUGUUUGUGAGUCAACAUGCAAAGGCACGUGAACAUUUGUUUGACCUUGUUUGUAUCCCACGUGGCUCGCCGGUCUCUCGAGAGGCUGAAAAAGCAACCUGCCAAAAGUGGGAGAAAUUGCAACACGGCCAGAUCAUAAGGAGGGGCAGCAAUAAGCCCACAAAUGGCUCAGUUUGCUCAACACCCACGUUGAACAACACGCCACGGCAGGCGAUGCUCAAAGAGACGGUGCCAUUUGUGAAAGCUGAACAAGUUCCCCUGAAGAAGGUUAUUGAAACACAUUGGAAACAUUACCAUUGAACCUCUUGGAUUUUGUCUGCUCCAUUCUGCUCCCCUCAGAAAAGGAAAACAAAAAAAGCAACCAGCCACACUUUGCUCUAGUCCCUUUUCAGUGAAAGCCCCCUUUCCUUGCUCUGCUACUUGUUUGUAGAAAAGAAAAGUGCAGUUUCAUCUCACGGGAGAGGUUUUCCAGGCCGCUGCUACACAAAACAAACGAGAGAACAGCCGUUUUCAAGGGGGGGUCUUUGUUCUAUGAGUUGGUGCUUGUUUUGUCACGAGGUGCUGUUUCUGAGCUGUGCGCAGCGCGCUAUGUCAACACCUAGUGGUAGAAAUCAAGCAUUACAAUGCAGUGGCAGUGUGCACAUUUCAUUUUUUUCCCCAAUCCACAUGUUCCAGUGCAAAGGGGUUGCGGGUUGAAACAGAAAUGUUCCCAUGCAGAGAUGGUACAGACUGAAACAGAAAUCUGUACCCUAACCCAGGCUAUUGAAUGAACCCUGUAUAUUGUAUGGGAAAACUCUCCUCUGCUCCCUCCCAUUGGCUUCAGCAGGUUAACUUAGACCUAAGUGUCCUCUGGUUCAAACAAGAACAAAAAUGCAUUUGCCUGUGUAGGGCAAUGAUAUAAUAUGGGUGAGUACAAUCCUGAAUAUGUACAGGUUUCCCAAGCACCUGCUAAUGUGAUCAAUUUCCUCUCCCUAUUCUUCAGCUCAGCUCCCUUGUGUCACUGUGCCAUUAUUAUUAUUAUUAUUAUUAUUAUUAUUAUUGUUAUUAUUAUCAUCAUCAUCAUCAUCACUGCCAU